UCAUACUUUAUACAUACAUCACAUACAUGCAUUCGAAGCUACACACAUCUGUCCUUCACGGGGCCUCCAAUCGACAAUCGCGCGCUCACACAAAAAGUCACAACACCAUCAGCGGCACGACAAUGCAGCACUUUCUGUCCACCUGCCCAUAGCCGUCUGUUAUCUGGCACAACAGGUCACCCAUCCUUUCACCCAUCAUUCAUUUCACCACACGCUUGGGCGGUGGAUCAGGGAAGAGUUGAUGGAAGGCCGACCCCUCGUGUGUCUGUCUACACCGGUCCGCCUCCACACUGUCCGCUUUCCCCUCCCCGUCUCGCUUUUCGGUCAUGCCAUACUUGAGCACGCCCCAGGUGACGAGCUGUACCAGGUAGAAUAUCGGCAGCCUCUGUAAUGGGGGGUAGGGGAAGGGCCUCGGGGUCGCCGUGAUGGACAGCAGGAUGCACACGGGGAAAAUGAGGGCGAACACGCCGCUGUCGAUGAACCGAGGCGACAUGACGUAGAGCAGCGUCAGGGGCAUCCCGAAGCCCGCGAAGUACAGCCAGUGGCUCUCAAAGUACUCGAGGCGCUCACAGGCCGACCACUUGAGGACGGAGACCCACCUGUACUCGAAGCAGUACAUGCUGGCCAACCAGCUGCUCUGAAGGGCGUAGACGACCACCCCCAGGUAACCCGGCACUAUGCACCACAGGACGUACGUCUGCAUGAUCCACACCAUGUUGAGCAGCACCCGGAACACCUCAUCCACCAGGCGAUCCAAAAACCUCACACGAGAACUGUGGGCUGGGGGCGUAGACGGGUGGGGGACCGGCGAGCGGUCAAGUGGUGACGACUGGGACGGCGGGUGGGGGGAGGGGCCGGAUGGUGAAGGGGCAGCUUUUCUUUUCCUCGCACCUGCACAUGUCGACGUGAAUGCAUCAGUGGGCAAUUGGUGUGCGUCAGUCGCCCCUCACUGCCCAUCCGCAUCUGUCUCACUGACUCACCAUGGUCAGGUAUCGCCCCCCUGUCAGUGGCGUUGUGCUGUGAUGGGAAGAGGUGGGGGUACUUUUGGCACACGAUGAAGGCCUGGUCGGCCAGGUCCUGGUACCAGAGAGUGUUGAGGAUGAAACUCAAAUAGUAGAUAGGGUAGAUCCACAGCACUCGGUACAGACACCCGAACCAAAACCCCACCGCCUUGACAAUCUCCCUCGUGUCCACGGUGCUAUUAUUGCCGUGUGGCAUAGUCGAUGCAUUGAAGGCCAGCUGUUCGGCCAGUGACGCGUUGCCUCCGCCACCACCCAGAGUGUCGUUGGUCUGCAGCUUGUACAGGUGCUGCGCCAAGUGGUCUGUCAGCGUAGCGUUGGUGCUGGCCUGCUGCAGAGAGGUGGCAAUCGCCGACGGGUCCCCACUGGAGAGGGAGAAGGAGGACAGCAGGGGGAUCAUCGAUAUGGACACACUCAGCGCCGUGUGCGUCGGCCCCGCUGUGGCCAGGUGAGAGAAACCCAUCAGACACGAAUACGUGUAGUGGGCCUGCAGAUCCACACACGCAGUAUACCAGCCCAUCGUGUGUAUGUCCGCCGCUCCCUCCGUGCGCGGCUGACCAUGAGGUAGAAGAGCGGCAGUAUGAGGUGGUCGAAGAUGAGAAUGGAUCCGAGGAAGAUGAGGCCGUUCAUUAUGAAGCACUGCAGGCACCUCGUCCUUAUGAUCUCAGACUUGACGAAAAACACUACGCACCGGUGGACCUGCAGGGCGUCCAACACGCCACACAGGAAGCAGUGCAGCGCCGUCACCACAGCCUUGGAGUAGUACACAAGCGCCUCCCUCCUCCCGCUCCCAGGAUACUCCUGCCGCUGGUCGGUGGGUGAGUUGGGGGUCGGCAGGGCGUCGCUGGGUCGUGGAUCUUGCUCUCUCCGCCGUUGCCGCACGACGGACGACGGAUCAGACCCGAGCAUAGCAAAGCGAGGGCGUAGCCAGCUGCAGCUUUCUUUUGCCUCCUGACGAGGCAAUGGCCCCUUCUUUUGAAGCUCAG